AGGAUUGUAGUUCCGUAGAAGAAGAAGCUAUCGGUGCCGUAGGCUCUGGUUCCUUCUCUAGCCGGUCAACAUGGUUCAACUUGUUGGUUCCCUUCGUAAAGAGCUCUCUGACACCCUUUCCACUUGCAAGGUGCUGGUAGUCGGAGCGGGGGGGAUCGGCUGCGAGCUGCUGAAGAACCUCGUCCUCACCGGCUUCAAAAACAUCGAAUUGAUCGACUUGGACACUAUUGAUGUCAGCAACCUGAACCGCCAGUUCCUCUUUCAGAAGAAGCAUGUCGGCAAGUCCAAAGCCCAGGUGGCCAAGGAGAGCGCCCUGCAGUUCUGUCCCACGGUGAACAUCACUGCCUACCAUGACAGCAUCACAAACCCGGAGUACAAUGUGGAGUUCUUCAGAAAGUUCAUGUUGGUGAUGAACGCACUGGAUAACAGAGCGGCCCGUAACCACGUGAACAGGAUGUGUUUGGCAGCAGACAUCCCUCUGAUAGAGAGCGGCUCGGCCGGAUACCUCGGGCAGGUCACCGUCAUCAAGAAGGGACUGACCGAGUGCUACGAGUGUCAACCGAAGCCCGCCCAAAAGACAUUCCCGGGGUGCACCAUCCGCAACACGCCGUCCGAGCCCAUCCACUGCAUUGUGUGGGCCAAGUACCUCUUCAAUCAGCUUUUUGGGGAAGAGGACGCUGAUCAAGAGGUGUCCCCCGACACAGCGGACCCAGAGGCUUCAUGGAAUCCCGAAGACACGGCGACCCGCGCCACGGCCUCCGAAAAGGACGGGGACAUCAAGCGAGUCUCCACCAAGGAAUGGGCCCGCUCCACGGGAUACGACGCCGCCAAACUCUUCAACAAGCUUUUCAAAGACGACAUCAUGUACCUGCUGACCAUGGACAAGCUGUGGAAGACGAGGAAAGCUCCCACACCUCUGGACUGGCAACAGCUGGAGAACAGUGCGCGUCCCCAGGAGGUGUCUGCUGGCUCGGGUCUGAAGGACCAGCAGGUUCUGGGUGUUUGGGGCCUCUGCCAGCUGUUCCAGCGCAGCGUGGAGACCCUCCGCUCCCAGCUGCAGGAGAAGGGAGAAGGAUCCGAGCUGGUGUGGGACAAGGAUGACCCCCCCGCACUGGACUUUGUCACUGCCGCAGCCAACCUACGGAUGCACAUCUUCAGCAUGAACAUGAAGAGUCCAUUCGAUGUGAAGUCCAUGGCGGGUAACAUCAUUCCAGCUAUUGCUACGACCAACGCGGUCAUCGCCGGCCUCAUCGUGCUGGAGGGUCUGAAGGUCCUGUCGGGGGAGCUGGAAUCCUGUCGCAUGAUCUUCCUGAACAAGUGUCCCAACCUCAGGAAGAAGCUGCUGAUCCCGUGCGUCCUGGAUCCGCCCAGCGCCAGCUGCUACGUCUGCGCCAGCAAACCCGAAGUCACCGUCAAGCUCAACGUCCACAAAACCACGGUGCUCGCUCUGCAGGACAGGAUCCUGAAGGAGAGGUUCGGCAUGGUGGCUCCAGAUGUUCAGAUUGAGGAUGGAAAAGGGACCAUCCUCAUCUCCUCGGAGGAGGGGGAGACAGAAACCAACAACAGCAAAAUUCUAGCUGAUUUCGGAAUCCGCAAUGGCAGCCGCCUCCAGGUCGACGACUUCCUCCAAGACUACGCGCUGCUCGUCAACGUCCUGCACACUGAGGAGCUGGAGCGCGAUGUGGAGUUCGAGGUUGUAGGCGAGGCCCCGGACAAAGCUCCGCCCCCUCAGAGUACCCAGGAAGAGGUCAAAAGCAUCACCAACGGCAACAAGGACUCCGCCCAGCCAUCCACCUCUUUUAAAGCUCCAGCAGAGGAUGAUGACGUCAUGAUUGUUGACUCUGGUGAGGAAGAGGAGGCGGAGGAAGGGGCGUCAUCCAGUUCAGCAGCAGCAACAAGUGGCACCAAGAGGAAGCACUCCGACGCAGAAACCGGAGAGACCUCCACCAAGCGCCUGCGGACAGACCAAUCGAGGGCGGCUGCUGCUGCCGCCGAUGAUGACGACGACGACAAUGAUGACAUCAUUGCACUGGACUAACAACCCACCCCCGUCCCCCCUGCCCGCCCCCCUCCCUUUGUUCCCCUGGAGGACUGAGGCGUCUUUGAAGGCUUUUCACAUUUGAGUCCAGACUGACAGCAAGUUUGAAUAAGACACCUCUUUUAUGUACAACAGUUACCUGCCCUGAUUUGCUCUCCUCACUUCCUCCCCACCCAGCUGUGUUUGUGCUUACUUACCCCUCCGCACCCCCCACAUUGCUCUGAGAUGAUGCUGUAAAUAGGUUCUACAUUUUAAAACUUUUUGAAAAAAUCUGCCUGGUUUCUGGUUCCUACAAAAAACCUCUUGGUGGUUUGAAAAAGUUUUUGUUUUGUUUUUUUGUAUUUUUUUAUAAACGUAAUGUAUAUCUCAUGCUACUACACAAGUGAGGGGGUUUUGUGGUCAGGUAAAAUUUACAAGAUGUAAAGAAAGUGUUUCAUGGGUUGUCAUAUUGAUAUCUGUUUUGUGGGGGAGGGGCAGCUGUGGUGCAACGGACUGGCCAAGGAGUCUAAAGCCAAGCUCAAAACCAGCGCGACUUGGCUGUGGGGGGUGUUAAUGUCCCCGUUUGGCCACAUUGUGCACAUAUCAUGGCGGGUGGGGGGCGGGCGGCAUUAGUUUGCAACUUUUCCAAAACAAGUUUUGAUUGCAAAUUCCUAGCAACGGCCUGCAGGUUAUCCUCGGGGCUCUGGCUGAGAAACAGCGGCCCACAUCCAUGCCUGCAGUAUUUUAACGUUAAAAAAUGUUGGGCCUUCUUUUUCACACCAGAGGGACACAAAGCGUGGCCGCUGACCCCCUGCAGUCUUCUCCCGUGUCCCUGUGUCCUCAGUUUCAUAAUUUGUUGCGAUCUGAUUUGUUACUCUGCUGAGAAACCUUUUGGACACAGACAAUAAACUCAACAAAGA